AUGAACCCGUUACAUCAUGGGUACUUUGGACGGUUGCGCACCUCCGGCAUUACACGGACAAUCGAUGUUCUCACGAUCCGGAACGCCCCAGAACGGCUCAAAUCCCAGCUGCUGAGAGGGUUCAACUUGGCCAGUGUCCACACCUCCCCAUCACCCAACAAGAUGUCUUUGUCCAACAAGCUCUCUAUUACCGAUCUUGGGUCGCUCAAGGAUAAGCGCGUGCUUAUUCGUGUUGACUUUAACGUCCCAAUCCAAGAUGGUAAGAUCACCAACCCGGCGCGCAUUGUUGCUGCUCUACCGACGAUCAAAGGCCAAGGCAGUUGUCCUGAUGUCCCAUCUCGGACGUCCGGAUGGCAAAGUCGUCGAAAAAUACUCCUCAAAGUCGUCGCCACUGAACUCAGCAAUCAACUCGGCGGAAAGGAUGUCAAGUUCCUCAACGACUGCGUCGGUCCCGAAGUCGAGCAAGCCGUCAACUCUGCACCCUCUGGCUCGGUUAUCCUCCUCGAAAAUCUCCGAUUCCACAUCGAAGAGGAGGGAUCCGUCAAGGACAAGGCCGGAAACAAGACCAAGGCCAAUCCCGAGGAUGUUAAGAAGUUCCGUGAGGGUCUUACUGCGCUGGGUGAUGUGUAUGUCAACGAUGCGUUUGGAACCGCCCAUCGCGCACAUUCGUCGAUGGUCGGCGUCAAGCUCCCCCAACGUGCCGCUGGAUUCUUGAUGAAGAAGGAAUUGGAGUUCUUCGCCAAGGCUUUGGAGAGCCCCGAGCGUCCGUUCUUGGCCAUUCUUGGUGGUGCAAAAGUUUCGGAUAAGAUCCAGUUGAUUGAGAAUAUGCUUGACAAGGUCAACUCGCUCAUCAUCUGCGGUGGAAUGGCCUUUACUUUCAAGAAGACGCUCAACAGCGUCAAGAUUGGCAAGUCUCUCUUUGACCAGGCCGGAUCUGAAAAGGUCGCGUCGCUCUUGGAAAAGGCCAAGGCAAACAACGUCAAGUUCGACAAGGAGGCUCAGACUGGCACUGCUACUGACGAGGAAGGUAUUCCCGACGAAUGGAUGGGUCUGGACGCCGGUGAAAAAUCCCGACAGCUGUUCAAGGAAACAGUCCUCGAGGCCAAGACUAUCCUCUGGAACGGUCCCCCAGGUGUAUUCGAGUUUGAGAAAUUCGCAGGAGGAUCCUCCGCCCUUCUCGAGGCUAAUAUCGAGGCCGCAAAGAAGGGAGCGACUGUGAUCGUGGGCGGUGGAGAUACAGCCACUGUUGUCGCCCAAGCCGGAAAGGAAUCCGAGCUCAGCCAUGUGUCGACUGGUGGAGGUGCCAGCUUGGAGCUUCUCGAGGGCAAGACUCUCCCCGGCGUUGCUGAACUCAGUGAGAAGUAA